AUGGCCAUGCUGGCCCGUGCCACGCGCAUCCUGCCCCAUGGCUUCACGAGCUUGAGGGAGUGGCACGGCUCCCGCUUAGCCUGCAGGGCGGCCCCCCACCCCCCAGCCCCCCCUGCCCCUGCCACCGACUUCACCCUCCUCUCCGCUUGCGUGAGGGCUCUGGAGGCUGGAUGGACCCCCUCCCGGGUGGACACCGUGGUCCAGGUCAGCGGCACCUCCCUGGCCCUGGCCCUGCGCACCGCGGAGGCCCACACCUGGCUCCACCUCAGCUGGCACCCGCGGCACGGCCACCUGGGGCUGGGCCCGCCGCCCCCGCGCCGUGGGGACCCCCUCCUGGACUCCCACGCUCUGGGCGCCGUGUUGAAGGCGCAGCUGGCGGGCCUGGUGCUGACGCGCGCGGCGCUGGUGCUGGCCUGGGAGAGGCUGGUGCGGCUGGACCUGGAGGCGCCGCAGGGGGGCUCCGACUCGCGCCGACGCAUCUACCUGGAGCUGACGGGCCGGCACGCCAACCUGGCGGUGACUGAUUCGGACGACGUCAUCCUGGCGGCCGGGCACCAGGUCGGGCCUGCGCAGUCGGCAGCGCGGCCCCUCCAGGUGGGGGCGCGCUACCUGCCGCCCCCCGCCGCUCGCGGCCUGGACCCCGAGCAGUGCCCCGGCCUGGCAGAGUGGCAGUCCGCGGUGCAGGGGACGCUGGGCGUGCAGCAGGCCCCCUGCUCCUGCGCGGCGGCGCUGGCCAAGACCUUCCGGGGCGUGGGCUCCGGCGUCGCCGGCGAGGUCUGGGAGGCCGCUGGGGAGGUCGGGCCCCAGGGUCCGUCCCGGGAUCAGUGGGCCGCCGCCCACGCCGCCUGGCUCCGCUGGGUCUCAGCCGUGCGCGUGGGGGAGCUGCGGGGCGCCCAGCUUCCCGACGGCUCCUGGCGCUGGCUGGGGGCCGGCGCAGAUGUGCAGCACACCGGAUCGGAGGGCACCUGCGACGUGCUGCACGCUGUGCACGCUGCGCAGACCACUCAGCUGGAGGAGGCGGCCUUCGAGAAGGUGCGUCAGCCCCUCAUGAAGGCCCUGGCUGCGGCCCUGACUCGCCUGGAAAGGAAGGAGGUGUCCCUGGCACAGGCAGCCGCCGCGGGGCAGGGCGCGGACGCCACGCGGAAGAAGGCCGACCUCCUCAUGGCACACGCUCACCUGUGGUCGCCGGGGGCCACGUCGCUGGAGGUGGAGGACUGGGAUCAGCCGGGGACGACGGUGACGCUGCCCCUGGACGCCAAGGAGAGCGCCGUGGAAGCCGCGGAGAAGCUGUAUGCCCGGGCGCGCAAGGUGCAGCGGGGGGCGGCCACGGUGCAGCCUUUGCUCGAGGCCGCGCGCUCCCAGAUCCAGCAGCUGCGGGAGACGCGGGUGCUGCUGGAACAGCUGGAGGUGCCUGCAGAUGCCGGGGUGCUCAAGGAGGUGCAGGCGGAGCUGGCAGAGGCUGGCCUCCUGCGGUCGGCAAAAGUACCCUCCACCACCGGCAAGAGGGCCAACAAGAAGCCCGGCGCGGCCCCCGCCUCGUCGCCGCGCCGCUUCCGCUCCCCCUCCGGCCUUGCGGUCCUGGUGGGGCGCACCAGCGCCCAGAACGAGACGCUGAGCACGCGCACGGCGGCGGCGUGGGACUCGCCGCCGGAUGAGGACCUGGGUUUCUGCGCCGACCUGGCAGCCUGGUUCAGCAGCGCGCGGGGGAGCACCGCCGUGGACGUGACCGUCGCGUGGGCCCGGGACGUGAGCAAGCCGCGGGGUGCGGCCAAGGGGCGGGUGACGGUGAAGAAGGAGAUGGCGGUGCUGCAGGGUCGGCCCGACCGGGGCGAGCGCUGGGCGGCCGCGGCCGAGGAACGCGCGGCGGGGCACCACGCUGAUGGGUGA